AUGAAGUCGUCUGUCGCGGGAAGCUCCCUAUCGGCAUCAAAUUCGGAAUGGAAGCUCGUGAACUCUGGCACUCGUAUGGCACGACCACUCCGUGGUGCCGAGCUGAUAGUCAGAUACGCAGAGCACUAUCGCAAUGGAGACUUCCAACUAGUUAUCCAAGCCAGCAUUGACACACCCCUGACAUGCGAACAGCUUAAAAAGCGCAGCCCAGCAGCUUGGUGGCGCACGAGACGGGCCCAACCCAUCAUUGCUCUCGAUAUAGACAUGGAGCAAGCCUCGUUCGCUCCGCACAACACAUCCGAAGCUGCAAAGCGCUGGGCAAGCCAAUCAUGCUUCGUAGCAACAAACACUUCCGUGGAAGAAGUCGCCAACACCCUCAUCCGCACCCCAUCAAACCUAUCAUCAAUGACCCUAAUCGUCGACCCAGCCCGCGGCCCAAGAGGCUGCAUUCUUAAUAUCUCGCACACCCUUAUCAGUCUCAGUGUCUACGACAUCCUCCACGAAUUCAUCACCCAGCUCUCCAACCCAGAAAACGAGCGCGGCAUCGACGCCAUCUUCUCCCCAGACUUCCUACUAGACAUCACCCCGCGGCUCCCUCAAUCCCUGAGCCACGCCUACUCGCGCAUCCACAAUCCCUCGCCCGAAGACCUCCAGGCCGCAAUGGCCGUCAUACAGCGCUCCCAAGCGCGCUUUGCCCGCUCAACAAUUGGCGUUCCCAUCCAUGCAGACUGGAAAAACCGCCCGAGCAACAUGCACAAUGAACGCAUCGCGUUCGAGCCGUCUGAGUCCCGCGCUGCAUUUAAAUGUUUCAAGAAGCUGGGUAUCACGCUAUCAACGGCCUUCUUCGCGUGCAUGACGUCCGCCGCAGCGCAGAUGUUCGGGAAAGGCGACGAAGAAGGCGCCCAUCUGCUCUUUAGCGGGAACGGUCGUCGCUGGGUCGACCUCGGCGGUGAUGGACACGGUCCUGUCCUUAUGAGUAUUCUGCCUGGUGGGUUGUGGGUCGAGGGCAGCGAUGUGGAUAUCCGCGCCAAAGAUCAGGACGGCCUUGCUGCUUUGGCUAAGGCUAUUGGACAUGCUCAGGCAGAGGAUCUGGUCUCGCCGCAUAUUAUUGCGUUGUAUGAUCAGAUGGCGCCUGCGUUGGUGAAGGGCAUGGCGGAGCCAGUUGAUCCGGCGCCUCUUGCCCGUCUUACGUUGACUUCGCAAGGUAUUUUUGGUGGGGGACGCGAGCUGGAGGUAUUGGAUCCUAUUCGGAUGAGUACUUUCCUUACUGGUGGGCGGUGUUCUGAGGGGCUUUGCUUCGCUUUGUCCAGCUUCAAGGGGGAGUUGCUCUUUAAUAUGCUCUUUGAUGAGCGCUUCUUUGUGCCGGAUGAGCUCAUGCAGUUUGGCCAUGCCGUUGCUGGGCUAUUCAAGAAGUUUGUCGGAGACGAGAUGCAAGCGAAGCUUUGA